AUGUCGACUCUGGGCCGCGGUCGCGGCUACACGGGGCGGCACCACCUGCGCGAGCCCAGGCCCGGCGAUCCCGAGCUGGCCGAGGAGUUGGACGCGGCGCGCACCCUCGCUGAGCUCAGUCCGCGGGCGACAGAUCCGACAAAACUAGACCUCAACAAAGUAGAAGUAAAGAAGUUUAAGGAACCUGACACCGAAAAGAAAGAAGAGAUUGAAGUAACUGAUAACACAUCUCGGGCCAAUAUAGAGGAAGACCCUGCAUUGCAAGAGUUACUGCAUAUUGAUGAACAGUUUUUACCCCUUUUAGUCUUGUUAGAACAAUUCUCACCGGGCGAAGAUGGCAUCCAGUUCAACAGAAAACUUCGUCACUUUGAAACGACAGUUUCUAACAUGUGCCAGGAUGAGACAAGGCUGCACAUGGCGUUUGCAACGUUCCGAGCGGCAGCCCUACAAAGUUUGGUCACUUCUCGUAAGCUGGCAGCUGUUGGAGCCUCGUUCACGCGUCAACAGAGGCAGCAACUUCUCAGGGGAGCCCUACUUAAUGUGGUCAUGCAGGGAACUUUCACCAAACUGGAUAUAUUGGAGCGGUCAAAUCCAAUGUACUUAAUCAACGCUGCGAACCUCAUGGGUGAUUAUUUUGCAGAGGCGCGUCUGUGCAAUGGCAACAAAGUUCACAUCUUGGCGAGUCCGUUACUACAGUAUAUGAGAGCAUUAUUGGCUAGUGAUGAUGUUCGAGCCCAUCGCAGCUUGGCCACACAGCUCAUGCAAAACGGCCGCGAACUGCUGUCGGUAAUGUCUCACGAACUGGACGAGCUGUCCAUAUCGAUAAAGCUGCGUCUACUCACGCCGCCGCCUGUUAACAUCAUCUGGCUGCUGCUAUCGGCGGACUUGUGCCUGAACAAGUUCCUGCCUCUGCCCAACACGCUGCAGCAGUUCUACGCGGCUCACCUGGACCUCAGCAGCGAGGAGAGCUUUAGCGAGGUCAGCUACGGCUCGUGGAAGAAGAGCCCGGAAAAGGAGGAGUAUCGCUCCGAUGUCAGUUCAGACCUCAGCGGGGCGGACAAAGUCGGGCACAACCUCUCGCAGGUCAGCUUGAAUCACGACGACGACCCCAAGCCCAAAUUGAGACCGAUACUGGGUGCGGGAGCCGGUCUACUAAGACAAGAGCAGGCAAUGUCCCUCGAGAGCUUUGACUCUAGGGUCACUAAGACUAACCUCACGAAGAGGUACGACCUUAACUCGUGGAGGCAGGCGGACGACGAGAAGAAAGAGGAGGCCGUAGAGCCGGUGUUCAACCCGACAGUGCUGCCGCCCAACAUGCAGCAAAACUACACGGUGCCCGAUUACCCACCGCCGAAUGUGUUCAGCUACCAAGAGAACUACGCAAACUACCUGCAACAAGGGGACGGCGCUUACAUACAGAACCAGCAGUUCGCGGGCAACCAAAGCUUCACGCCCCAAGGUGACUUCGCGCCCCAGUACACAACAGAUCAGCCCCAGCCAACACCGGAGAGGGUGAACAGCGAGGUGCAGAAGACCAGCAACAGCAGGAGGCCGGUGGAGAACUGGCGAAUGGAGAAGGGCGAAGCGAAAGAAGAUUCAAACAAGGGCAGACAGCGCAACUGGUCGAGGCAACGGUCCAAAGACAACGUCAACGACGACGAAGAGAAGGGGGAGAACUUCCGCUCCUCCUCGAGAAGUUCGCGCGAGUCGCGGCAGAGCUCCGUGAGCGGCAGGAUGAACAGGAGGAAUAGCGGAGACAACCAGGAGUCUGGCAACUCUGGGAAGACACCGCCCCGGAGACACGUCACCGAAGUGCCCAGGAACCACAAGUACUGGGAUCAUGACGACAGAUGCGACAAGGACUACAACAGU